GGUUUCCUAGGCAACUGCGUUGGGUACACACCAGGCCUGGGGCAAGGGUGGACCUGUGUUGGAUUGCCCAGACUCCUCCUCUGGAUAAGAUAUAUUAUUAUGACCACUGUUUUUAGAAGAUGUUUGAAAGUGAAAAUCUAAACCAGGAAGAAAUAAUUAAAGAACUGUGUAUGUGCAAUGGGUUAUCUUAUGAGAUGGUUGGACAAGAAGGACCAGAUAUUUCAAAACUGGAGAUGUUUUUUACAGGAUAUCCCUGUAUAGUUGGAUUAUCAUUAUUUCCUAAUUUAUCAAGUCUUACAAUUGUUGCCCAAGACAUAAAAGAAAUUUCAGGAUUAGAGACUUGUUUGCAACUUAAAGAACUUUGGAUUGCUGAGUGUUACAUAGAGAAAAUUGGAGGUCUUCAACAAUGUAGAAAUUUGAAAAAACUAUAUUUAUAUUAUAAUAAAAUUUCCAAAAUUGAAAAUUUGGAGAAAUUAACCAGAUUGGAGGUUCUUUGGCUGAACCAUAAUACUAUUAAAAAUAUUGAGGGCUUGCAGACUUUGAAGAAUUUAAAUGAUCUCAACCUUGCAGGAAAUAUGAUAAGCAGAAUUGGGCGAUGUCUUGAUGCCAAUGAACAACUGGAAAGAUUAAACCUUUCUGGUAAUCAAAUAUGUUCUUUCAAGGACCUCACUAACUUAACCAGGCUGCCUUCCUUAAAAGACUUGUGUUUGAAUGAUUCUCAGUAUAAAUCCAACCCGGUUUGUCAGCUGUGUAACUAUUCUACACAUGUGUUAUAUCAUUUGCCUUGCCUUCAGAGAUUGGACACAUUUGAUGUGUCAGCAAAGCAAAUCAAGGAACUGGCAGAUACCACAGCAAUUAAAAAAAUAAUGUAUUACAAUAUGCGUAUAAAAACUGUUCAGAGGCAUCUUAAUGAAGAUCUUGAAAAAUUAAAUGAUAGAAAAUGCAAAUUACAGAAGUUGCCAGAAGAACAAAUAAAAUUACUCAGCUUUGUGGGAAAAAAUUUGGAACGGGAGCUGGCUGAACUCAAGGGAUCUGGCAAAGGGCACAGUGAUAGAUCUAACAACAAUAAAGGAACUGAGGUUGAAAAAUCAAAGAACUGUGAAACCAUCGUAGAAGAACCAAGUCUUCAGCAGAAGAUAAUGAUCAAAUUAAAUGCCUUAAAUGAAAGGGUAGCAUUCUGGAACAAAAAACUUGAUGAAAUUGAAGCAAUUUAUCGAUUUGAAGUAAAGCAAAAGAAGAAAAGUCAUGGCUUAUUGAUCCCAUUUUUGCUGAUUGAAUUGGAAACUGUGGGAAAUAUCCAUUUUGAGCAAGGCACUAGAUCUGAUGACUGGUAUAAUUCCUGUUAUGAAUUAAUUCUAUCACGUUUCUGUACAUGGGACUUCAGAACAUAUGGUAUUACAGGAAUCAAAGUAAAACGUGUCAUUAAAGUUAACAAUCGUAUUCUGAGACUAAAAUUUGAGGAAAAAUUUCAAAAGUUUUUGGACAAUGAAGAUAUACAUGAUUCAGAGAGCUAUCGCAAGAAGCUGGACUGCCUUUUUUAUGUUUUUGAUCCUGAAGUUACAGUGAAGAAAAAGCAUCUGCUGCAGAUACUUGAAAAAGGAUUCAAAGACAGUGAAACAAACAAGCUGCCUCUCAGAAAAGAAGCCGUUAUCCUUGCUAACAGCCUAAGCAUGUGUGAGUGUCCCCGAAUUGAGUUUCUACAGCAAAAACACAAGACUGAGACGAAAAGCUCUCUUGACCAUGAGCUCUUCAGACAUGGCAUCCUCCUCAUUGCAAAGGUUUUCCUUGGUCAGAGUGUUCAAGCUCGUGAACAGGAAUCUGUCAAUCAAGCCAACUAUCCCAUGGUUAAUUCAGUGUUCAUGCCUCAGAAAUAUUUACAAAGUUCUGUUGUGGGACAAAGAAAUUGUGAUUGUGGCUUUCGGCAGUGCAAGUGGUUUGUCUUUGAUCAUGACCUUGUUUUGCCAGAAUACGUCGCUGAAUUUGAAUACAUUACAGUGGUAAAGGCCCACUCUCUGUUUUCUACAUUCAACAAUAUCAUCGUAGAAGAAAGCAAAAACUACUCAGAAGGAUCAUACUUAUCCCAGGAUUUGAAAUUCGAUGAUGAAGUCAUGAGAAUGGAGCCCAGGAUUAAGCCCCGACCAAAACUUCUUAGUUUGGAUGAUAAAACAAUACUUUCCCUUGCCAAGACUAAUGUUUACACUCAUAUUGUGAGUCUCAAUCUACAUGGUAACAGCUUGAGUAAACUGCGAGAUCUCUCCAAAUUAACCGGACUUCGGAAACUGAACAUCAGCUUUAAUGAACUGACUUGUUUAGAUGAUGUAUAUCACUUGUAUAACCUUGAAUAUUUGGAUGCAAGCCAUAAUCAUGUGAUUACCCUUGAGGGAUUUAGAGGUUUGAUGAAACUGAAGCACUUAGACUUGAGCUGGAAUCAACUGAAAAAGUCUGGGGAUGAAAUAAAUGUGUUAUGCAAGCACACCACAAGCCUUCUCACUCUUAAUAUUCAACACAAUCCAUGGCAGAAGCCAGCCACAUUGAGGCUGAGUGUUAUUGGCAGAUUAAAGACUCUAACACAUUUAGAUGGACUCUUCAUUUCUGAAGAAGAGACAACAGCAGCUCUGAAAUUUAUUACUGGAACAAAGAUCACUCAGUCAUGUAUCUUACGGCACUCUAGUACUAAAGAGGAGAGACCACGGAUACUAAGCAUAUGGCCUUCUGCCAAAAUUCUGACACAGAUUUCAAAGUUAGGACCACGUUUACAUCUGAGUGGCAACUGGUACUUGAAGAUAACUGCCUUAAAUUUAGAUGGACAGCAUCUCUUUGAAAUAAAAAAUUUAGAAAAAUUGGAAAAUUUGAAAUGGGCAUCAUUCAGCAAUAAUAAUCUGACUAAAAUGGAGGGCCUGGAAUCCUGUAUUAACCUGGAAGAGCUCACACUCAAUGGAAACUGCAUCUCAAAGAUCGAAGGCAUUUCCAAGCUGACUAAAUUAACCCGCCUCAGUAUCAAUAACAACCUUCUCACUGGUUUGGAAAAGCAUACUUUUGAUAACACGCUUCACCUUCACUUCCUUUCUCUUGAGAACAACAGAAUUACUUCACUGAGUGCUUUACAGAAGACCUUUACCCUAAUCGAAUUAUAUAUAAGCAAUAAUUACAUUGCUGUCAAUCAGGAGAUCUACAAUUUAAAGGGUUUAUGCAACUUGGUCAUUCUAGACAUGCAUGGGAACAUUAUUGUAUGGAAUCAAGAAAACUACAGGUUGUUUGUAAUAUAUCAUCUUCCAGAACUGAAAGCUUUGGAUGGAAUCUCAAUUGAAACACCAGAGACUGAGUGUGCAAAAGAUUUGUUUGGUGGCCGACUUACUUCUGAUAUGAUUGCAGAAAGACAAGGGCAUUCAAACUUUAUCCAAAUGCAAGAACUUAAUUGGACUUCAUCAUCCCUCAGAACUGUGGAUUUGAUUCCAGUUGACCAAUUUAGAAAUGUGUGUAAUGUGAAUCUGCAGAACAAUAAUCUUACCUCAUUCAGUGGACUAAUCUACCUGCCUCAUGUGAAAGUCUUAUGCCUCAACUAUAAUCAUAUUGAGUCAAUCAUGCCUAAACUAAAGCCUCAGACUCACUUGACAAACAGACAGAUACUCUACCAGAAAGUGUCUUCAAGCGGGUAUGGACAGCAAGGCACUUCAAAACUAAGCAGAGAUACAAUGAGCAGUGAAAAUUUGCCUCCCAUAAUGCACAGUUUAGAAGUUCUUCAUUUGGGCUACAAUGGAAUUUGUAAUUUAAUCCAGCUACAACUUAAUAGACUAAGAAAUUUAAAAUUUCUUUUUCUACAGGGGAAUGAGAUCAGCCAAGUUGAAGGGCUGGACAACUUGGCGGUCCUUCAGGAGCUGGUGGUGGACCACAACCGCAUCAGAGCGUUUAACGACAGUGCCUUCUCCAAGCCGAGCUCCCUGCUGGCGCUUCACCUGGAGGAGAACAGAGUGCGCGAGCUGAGCAAGCUGCAGCCUUUGGCAAAACUAGAGAAACUCUUCCUCGGAUAUAAUAAAAUCCAGGAUAUGGCAGAACUGGAAAAACUUGAUGUUAUCUCUUCUCUCAGAGAGCUUACAGUUUAUGGCAAUCCAAUUUGUAGAAAAAUUCUACAUCGCCAUGUGCUCAUAUUUCGACUGCCUAAUUUACAGAUGUUAGAUGGAAUUCCUGUAAAUUCAGAUGAUAGGGCAAAAGCUGAAUUUCACUUUUCUGAACUACAAGCAAAGAAAAAUUCGGUGAUUCCUGUUACCAGCCCUCCUGUGGAUGGAGGCUCAUUCUGCCAAGUGAAAGCACCUCCCAUUAAAAUAACCAAUCUGAUUCUGCCUGCUGGCCUCAGCCAUUACUUGGGACCUGACUUCACCUUGACUCCUGAAGUAGAAGAAUUCCUGGAAGCAACUUUACAAGAUCAAAUCAUAUGUAACUGCCUAAAGAAAAAUGACAAUAUACCAGAAAACCUGUUUCUUUUAGUAGCUGUGCAAAACCUAUCACAUAGUAGUCAGUAAAAAAGAAAAAAAAGAUAAACAUGUUACUUACGUUAUUGAAACACUUCCAUAUGAAGAUAAUUUAUCACUCUUGAAGAAUUUAAUAUCAUCCUCUUUCAAACAUUCUUUAUGGUUAUAUCAAUCUUUGUUUGAAUUUGUAUACUAAAAAAUUAUGAACUAUUAAAGCAUACAACAAUUUGAAAAAUUAAAAAUGACAUCAAAGUCUA